AUGUCUGGUGACUACCCAAAGCAUCCCUUCCUCCUGUCGGUCGAAGAGACCGCUCGGGCCCUGGGAGUCGACAUCGACAAGGGUUUGUCCUCCCAGCAGGUACAGGAAGCGCAAGCAAAGUACCCCGAAAAUGAGUUCGAGGUCGGCGAAUCGGUGCCAUGGUACACCAUUCUGAGUAAACAGAUUUUCAACGCCAUGGUGCUCGUCCUCAUCUUCGCCAUGAUUCUUAGUUUCGCAAUCAAUGACUACAUUGAGGGCGGUGUCCUCGCCUUUGUUAUUGUCGCAAACGUCACCAUCGGUUUCUGGCAGGAGUAUCGCGCCGAAAAGCGUAUGGAUGCGCUGCGUACUCUUUCUGCCCCUUCUGCCAAUGUUCUCCGCGACGGAAAGACGCAGGUCAUUCCAAAUGCCCAAGUCGUUCCCGGUGACAUCAUCUUGCUCAAGAUGGGCGAUACCGUGCCCGCCGAUAUGCGCAUGUUCGAAGCCAUGAACUUGUCUUGCGACGAACAGUCCCUGACCGGUGAGGCCGCCCCCGUCGACAAAACCACCGAAGCCAACAUCCUGGUGCCGGGAACCGAGAAGCCCGCCACUGAGGAGGGCGAGGUCGGCAUUGGCGACCGAUUCAACCUGUGCUACGCCACUACCAUUGUCCGCAAGGGUCGUGGUCGCGGUAUUGUCAUCGCUACCGGUAUGCAGACUGAGGUCGGUAAGAUCGCCGCAUCCACCCAGAAGAAGGUUCGCAAGCCUGGUCGCUCCAUGAACUACAAGAAGUACGGCAAGCGUCAGCCUGUCGUUGGUCUUACGAAGCGCGUCUACGAUGCGGUUGGCAAGUUCCUCGGUCUUACCGAGGGUACACCCCUUCAGCGUAAGCUCGCUGCGCUAGCCUACCUCCUCUUCGGCUGUGCCAUCAUUUUGGCCAUGAUUGUGUUCGGAGCCCACAAGUUCGACGUCACUGGCGAGGUCAUCAUCUACGCUGUCUCGCUUGGUAUUGCCAUUAUUCCUGAGUCUCUCGUAGCUGUCCUCACCAUCACCAUGGUCGUUGCUGUGACUGUCAUGAGGAAAGCCAACGUCGUCGUUCGAGAUCUGUCUGCCCUAGAGGCUCUGGGUGGUGUUACCAACAUUUGCUCCGACAAGACUGGUACUCUGACCCAGGGUGCCAUGAUUGUUCGCAAGGCCUGGCUGCCCAUGUCCCACACCUACACCGUCCGCGAUUCUCAGAACCCUGCAGACCCCACCAAGGGCAAGGUGACUUACUCUGAGUCCAAGGAAGAGGAGAAGGUGGAGGAGGCUCCUAAGCGCGAUUACGACCAAGAGCGCUCCGCUGCCGUGCUGAAGUUUGAUGUUCCCGAGGAAAAGUUGCAGAACAAGCAGCCUGCCAAGGAGCCCGAACCCGAGGUUGACGCAGAAAUGACACCUCCGCUCAAGGCCUUCCUUCUGUCAUCUGCCCUUUGCAACCUGGCCACCGUUCGAUAUGAUGACGAUGAGGCCAAGUGGCAAACCACUGGCGAGCCCACUGAGAUUGCCCUUCAGGUCUUUUCCCACCGUUUCAAGCUUGGUAAGAAGGUUCUCGAAGGACAAGGUUGGCAUCAGCUGGCCGAGUUCCCUUUUGACAGUUCCAUCAAGCGCAUGUCCGUCAUCUACGAUGCCCCUGAAAACUCUGAGAAUGCCGAUAUCUGGGGCCACGAGAACAGCUUGGUCUUCACCAAGGGCGCCGUCGAGCGAAUCUUGGAUCUCUGCACUCACCUCGGUUUCGGCGAUGCUAAGCAGGAGCUUACUGAAGAACUCAAGGGACAGGUCCUCGACCAGAUGAACAACUUGGCUUCUCAGGGACAGCGAGUGCUUGCCAUCAGCUACCGCGAAUGGAACGGAAAGUUCACCAUUAACCAGUCCAACGUCAGCACCGAAAAGGAGGAUGAGCUUCGUGGCGAAGUUGAGCAGGGACUUACUCUGCUCGGUCUUGCCGGUAUCUACGACCCUCCUCGCCGUGAAACUAAGCCAUCCAUCGCAGAAUGUUCCACCGCCGGAAUCAAGGUUCACAUGCUCACGGGAGAUCACCCCGAGACCGCCAAGGCCAUUGCAAAGGAAGUUGGUAUCAUUCCCAAGAACCUCGGUAUCCUCUCCGAUAGCAUGGCCAAGGCUGUCGUUCUGAAGGCCACCGAUUUCGACAAGAUGACCGAUGCAGAGAUUGACGCCCUUGAGGAGUUGCCUCUAGUCAUUGCCCGUUGUGCUCCCGAGACAAAGACCCGCAUGAUCGACGCUCUCCGUCGCCGUAACGCUUUCAUGGCCAUGACUGGUGACGGUGUCAACGAUGCCCCCUCUUUGGCCCGAGCCGAUGUCGGUAUUGCCAUGGGUUCUGGAUCUGACGUCGCCAAGUCUGCCUCUAAGAUUGUGCUCACGGAUGACAAGUUCAACUCCAUUGUUGCUGCUAUCCGUCAGGGUCGUCGCAUGUUCGAUAACAUCCAAAAGUUCAUUCUCCACCUUCUUAGCUCCAACGUGGGUGAGGUCAUUCUCCUGGUCUGUGGUCUUGCUUUCCGGGAUAAUGAUCAGCUCUCCGUGUUCCCCAUCUCUCCUCUCGAGAUUCUCUGGAUUAACAUGGUUACCUCGUCCUUCCCUGCCUUCGGCCUGGGUCGUGAGGAUGCUGCCGCCGACGUCAUGCGCAAGCCCCCUCAGAACAAGAAGCGCGGUGUUUUCACCAACCAAAUCCUAGUGGACAUGGUUGUUUACGGUAUCAUCAUGGGUGCGCUGACUAUGGUUACCUUCAUCAUCAUUGUGUGGGGCGCCAACGGUGGAAACCUCGGUGCCCAGUGCAACAAAGAGUUCAGCGAGGCAUGCAGACCCGUCUUCCGCGCCCGUGCCGCUGUCUUCGCCGAACUUACCUGGAUUAUCCUUAUUUCCGCUUGGGAAUUCAAGAACCUGCGCCGCUCCAUGUUCCGUCUGAACCCGGAUGACCCGAGCAAGUUCCCCCUCUUCAAGGACCUUUACGCCAACAAGUUCCUUUUCUGGGCUGUCGUCAUUGGUGCCUUGUCUGUAUUCCCCGUCGUUUACAUCCCUCAGCUCAACACCAAGCUUUUCAAGCACGUGGGCAUCUCUUGGGAGUGGGGUCUUUCCGUCGGAUUCACCAUCCUGUACGUUGUCGGUGUCGAAGCCUGGAAGUUUGUCAAGCGCACUUUCCACCUGCUCGAGGACCACCAGGUUGUCCGUGGUGCCUUCAACCAGGGUGGUGAGGAGGAGGGCCGUGACUUCAAGAAGACUAUGACCAUGUCCAGCUUCAAGAGUUGGGCGUCUUUCGGCCGCAAGGAUACCGGCGAGUCCACUGGACGUCGCAGCCGCUCCCACUUGCGGACCAACACCAACCUCUCUGGUGACACACGCACCGGCGAGGGAUCUCCUAACAACAGCGCGGACGACAAGGUCUGA